AUCCCGCUCUACUCUCUCAGUCGCAGUCCACGUUCUGCUCCGAGUUGAACCCAGGCGCGACCCCUGCGAUGCGGCCAUGGUCGUGCAUCCCCGUCGGCCUCCUCGCCUUUCUUCCCCUCACCGCCGCCGCAGCCCAGCUCCCUCUCACACUCACUCCCGAACCCAUACCGACGAUCGAGUCCUUUACAAUCCUUGACGCACUCAAUAAUGACUCCGACUAUCGCUCCCUCAUAAAGCUCCUCCAGGUUUCGAAGCUCAUCCCCACCCUUAACAAGCUUAAUGAGGCCACCCUCUUUGCGCCCACCAACGGCGCCAUUAGUCGCCAUGCAGCUUCCAAUUCGCUAUGGCAGCAUGCUCUGCGCGAAGACACUGCUGAACUGCACGACAAUCUUCACCUCCGUCUUCGGCAGCAGCUCUUCUACCAUCUUCUCAACUAUACCCUCCCGCAUCUACCUACCGAGCAGACGCCACAGCAACACAAUACCUCGCUCUACCCCCGAGAUACCACCGAGCCGCCUACCCGGGAGCCGCCUCCGAAUCCGCCAUGGAUGCCCAUACCGAACGGCACACUCGGGACGGAUCCCCAGCGGCUUCGCUUGUCGGCUAGAGAUUCGACUCUAUGGGCCGGCGUGGAUUCAUUCGGGAACGGUGGUGCAAAGAUAGUCAAGGACAGCGUCAAUACAUCCAAUGGCCUACUUCUGGGCUUGGACGAGGUCUUAGAAAUGCCUCCAGAUUUAGCGACCGUCAUCUCUCGGCACCCCGGCCUCACGUACUUCCACAAGAUUCUCACCCCCGAGCUGACCAACUUCCUCAAUCAUACGCCCACGCUCACUUUGUUCCUUCCCGUCGACGAUGCUUGGAACGCGUUGGACCCCUUGGAGAGGUUAUACUUGGAAAGCGAGUUUGCCUCCGACGACUUGACGCGCAUCCUCAACAUGCAUGCAGUACUACUCGAGGACAGGACGGUCAAAUGGUCGGACUCGUUCGAGUCUCAGGUCGAAUUGCCGACCAUCGACGGUCCUGCGCUUAAGAUCGUGCCCACCGACAGUAAGAUCAAGGUAUCGGACGCUGAGAUUGUGGAACGCGACAUAUACGCGUCGAAUGGCGUUCUGCACACCGUUAAUUCCCUUCUGCUCCCUCCCGACGCGCUCCAGCUUACGCCGGAGAAAUAUCUCCUGGCGCUCAACUGUACGGAAUUCGUCUCCCUGAUCCAUUCAGUGGACCUGGGUCAUAUGAUCAACGAUAUGGAGGCCACGUACACAAUUCUUGCCCCCCGAGACGACGUGAUCAAGAUAUUCGGACGCGACGAGUUGCCUCACCGCGGCAGUGAAGAACUGAAGCGCUUCCUUCAAUAUCACUUCAUUCCCGGCAAGUGGUCCCCAAAGAAGUUCGAGAAUGGGAUGCUCGUGGAGACAGCGCUGGAAGAGGCUGGUCUGGCUGGCGGACGCCAGGUGAUGAACGUGGAGGUUGACGAGAAGAAGGGCAGUCAGGCAAAGGCCAUCAGGUUUGCCGGGGCCGGCGUCAUGGGUGAACAAGUCGAACCCAACAACACCAACACGGUUAUUUACUUCAUCUCGCACCCGGUCACACCUCCCGCUGAUGUGCUGGAGACGGCGUUGCCGAACCUCGAGUUCUCUUCCUUCAUUGCUGCCAUCUUCUCCACCAACCUCGGCGAAGAGCUGAAGACGACGCCCAAGACGACGCUCUUGUUGCCGCCCAAUGGCGCAUUCAAGCGCCUCGGAUUGCUCGUUAGCAAUCACUUGCUAUCGUCAUCCGCCAAGGCAGACUUGGAGCGCGUCAUCCGGCACCACACGCUACUGGGCGUUGACUAUGCCAAUGCGCUUGUGAACGGCUCUACACGAACAUUCAGGACACUGGAAGGCUCAGACGUAGCCGUUGACAGAGUCGGUGCGAAUCGCACUGUCAUCUUCACUCCGAGUGGCGGCUGGGAGGACAUGCAGUCUGGGUUAGUGCCGAAGAACAUGCUCACGGAGACUGGCGUCAUCCACCAGGUCACGGACAUCAUGAUCCCCCGCUCUGUCCAGCUCACCGUCGGGAAGCUCGUCAGGGCCGCGAAGGGCACGACGAUGUCCACCAUGCUCGUCAAGGCCGGUUUCGAGUGGGUGCUGAACGGUACCGCCCCGCCUGAAGGCUCCAAAUGGGACGAGAUGGGUCUGGGUGGAUCGGGUUGGACGCUCCUCUGUCCGACCGACGACGCAUUCAACAGCAUUAACCUGACGGCGCUGUACUCGGACGAAGAGCGGCUCAAGGACAUCGUCGCCCAACACCUCAUUCCUACCCCGACUAAUCCCACGUCGUCGCCCGCAGCAGGCAUCAUCGACACGUUCGUGAACAACCGCCCGCUCCCUCUCGACGACUCCGCGUCGUACACGACGCUGCACAGCUCCUCGUCCGCGUACGGGGACAUCAUCAUUCGCGUGCUCGACGGAGGCAAGGAGCCAGCCACAGUCGUCGGCAUCAAGGGUGCGCGCGGCAAGGACGGCGAGCAGGAAUGGGCGCGCGUCGUCGCAUGGGGCCGCUCGACGACCGGGAGCGGUACCGGGGGCGUCGUCGCGAUCGACCGUCUGCUACUGCCGUACGCGCCUAGCUGGUACGUCGAGUACGGCGCGCCUGUCGGGGUAGGUGUCGGGGGCGUGAUCUUGAUCGGGCUGUUCUUCUUCGGCGUGCGGUGGGUGUGGAGACGAGACACGACCGAGGCGACGUACGAGCCCAUCGGGGGCUUCGGUCCGGACGAUGGGGAGGAAUAGAUUAUGGUCAGAUUCAGGUUCAGCGGUCGGAUUGGAUUGGAUAUAUACGUAAUCGCUCACUCCCAUCCUAGCUAAGUGUCGUGGUUUUGCUGCGUUAUAGACUCGAGAGAUAUGGAAGUAGGGAAGCGGUCAUUACUCUAGGGGCCCUAAUGUGUAUGAUGUAUGUAUGUUCGUUGGCUGUGUAUCUGCUAUCAUGGGUAACACUUAACUUGCCUUCGACUAGUCUAGCUGAAGUAUUAGUCGAAGUGCUUGCGCAGUUCGAAUAUGUGGACGUAUUGAU